AUGGCGGAACUGCGAGUGGGGAAAGUCCUUGCCUUUGCCUUGGCCAAUAAGGCUGAGUUGAUUUCUGCUUUCACUGUUGGCUUGCUCGCUUUCUACCUCGACCUUGCUCGUUCAAAUCCCCUCGGAGAUAUCCCAGGCCCAUUCCUAGCUCGAUUCACCAAGCUCUGGCUUGCCAAGCAGUACUGUGCCGGACACUAUGAGCAGACAAAUAUUACACUGCAUGAGAAGUAUGGGCGACCGGAUCUGCCUUGGGGCCACGCCAAUUGGCCAAACCUGUUCAACAUCCUGGAUCCGCGAACCCACGGCCGCGAUCAACAAAGAAUCGCCAAACCAUAUGCGAUGAGCAGCCUGGUCGGGUACGAAGCUCACGUCGAUGACUGCACAAACAUCUUCAAGGCUUGA